AUGUCGCGAACACUUCCAAAACAGUUUAAUCCGCACAUCUUGGCCGACGCUGCUCCCUCUUACGAGGAGCUCCUCACACGCCGUCGUCUCGGAAAGACAAACCUCUCCGUCAAGCCUGCCCAGAUCGGCACCUCAAACGCAACUAAGCCAGAGAACCUAGGCGUGUUUGAGUAUGCCCACCUUCGUGCUCCGUUGCCGAAGGAUCUCGAGGGCUCUGAGAUCUUCCCUUCCCACAGCCCCCAACAGCACCCAGAAAGCUACUUCUUGAUGCGCCGGAGUAAAGACGGCUUUGUCAGUGCCACUGGAAUGUUCAAAAUUGCAUUCCCCUGGGCCAAGGCCGAGGAAGAGCGGACAGAGCGUGAGUACUUGAAGGCUCGCGAGUACACAAGUGAGGAGGAAGUUGCUGGCAAUGUGUGGAUCUCUCCCACAUUUGCCCUUGAGCUUUCCAAGGAAUACCAAAUGUACGAGUGGGUGCGAGCACUGUUGGACCCAACGGAUAUUGUCCAAAGCCCCUCCAGCGCAAAGAAACAGAUCACCCCCCCCACCGAAAUUCGAAAUUCCCGCCGAGGUCGGUCUGCUUCUCCGAGCAAGAUGUCAUCUGCUCGAAAGGUCCGCAGCACCCGCAUCAUGAAGGACCUUACCAGCACCCCGUCCACAACGGCUGCAAACGCUAGCCUUCAGUCGGCAUUAGACACAGCUUCAGCCCUGUUCUCGAACCCGAUUCCCGAGUUGGCAGUUGUGGAUGCCGAAACGGAAGUUAAAUCGAGCGGAUCUCCUGGAAAGAAUGUCAGAGCGCGCAAGUCAACGAGAUCUGCUACUGCAGAGCCGGAAGAAGAAACAAAGGGAGAGACAAAGGAAAAGAAGAAGGCCGAAAAGAAGGAGAAGAAAAAAGAAGAAAUCAAGGAGGAACAGGAGGAGGCGGUUGAGGUUUCAGUGGCCGACGAUGCCGCCGAUAUUGUCGAGUCUACUCACACUACUGUUUCCCUCGAUAUGCCUAUCAGUCUGCCAGAAGUGCCCUCUGCUGCUGAGACCGCAGAGAUGAUUGCUCAGGCUAAGGACAUGGUGGAAGAGGCCAUCAAGGCGCAGGCCGAGGGCACUACUGCGGAGUCAACAUCUGUCAAGGUGACUAAGAAGCGCAAGUCAGAGGACGACGAUGACGAAGAGACAUCGGCCGAAUCUUCCCAACGAGCCAAGAAAGCCAAGGUGCUCGAGAACAAGCUCAAGCAGGAGCGUGUCCGCAACCGUUCUAUCUUCGGUGUCUCCGUGGCAUUUGCCCUUGCGGCUUCCAUUCCAUACUUCUUCUAA